UUUCUCCGUCAGAAAACACAGAGCAAAAAGGAAAAAAAGAAAAGUGAGAGACAAUGUUUGCACUCCGCUGCUUUCUUGAUUCUCAACUCGGCUCCUGACUCGUUCUUCUCCUAACUUGGUUUUCUUUGACUCAGUUUUUAACUCGAGUCUUUUCACCAUGGACGAUCGUACUCGUCUGAGACAUUGCUCUCGCCGCCGGUGGUGUUGCACGUUCAAUGUGCCUCCGUCGAGUCCUGAAAACCCUCAUUUGUCGCAGCAUUACCGUAACAAUAACAGCAACUGCAAAACCAAAGUCGGUCCACAAAAGGCUGACUUUCUCUCCAAACUCACAAUCCCCAACUCUGUCCCCAACUCACCCCAAAGUUCAAAAUCCGGGUUAACUCUAGUGAGUCGGAUCGACCGGCGUAGGAUCCUUUCACCCGGCCGAGUCUCCCCCAUAGACCACAACGAUUCCUUGGAAGAAGAUCACCACUCUUCGCGCGCCACCCCAUCCGCCGCCGCAGUUGAUUCCAUACCCAGACGAUCGCGGAGUUUUCGGGCCAAAAUAGAGAGCCCGGAUACUCAUCCGGGUGGGGAUCAAGGUCGGGUGGAAGGAGGGAGAGUAGGAGCGUACGAUGUGAGGCUGAAUUUGAAAGGAAAAAAUGGUGGGUUUUUGGUGCUGGAGCUGAAUUCGGGUGUUUUGGCUUCGAAUUCAGAAGUUUUUGCGGGUUUGAUUGUUGCAGGUUCUUUGGGGAAGAGAAUGUGUAGAAUAGAGGUUCCUGAGGUGGAAAAUUUAGGGGUUUUUAGAGAAACCCUUGAGCUUAUGUUUGAAGAAGAUAUAGCCAAGAGGCUUGUCAAAAUUGGGGUUUAUAGAGCUAUUGAUAUACUUGAGGUAUCGGCGACCAUUAUGUUUAGCAGAGGUGUUUUGUCUUGUCUAAAGUACCUAGAAGCUGUUCCUUGGACUGAGGAAGAAGAAGAAAAAUUAAGGAGCCUGUUUACAAGGUUCAAGUUUGAUGACCCAACAAGUAGAGAUAUCUUGGGUAGACUAUAUUCUCAGCAAUCAACAGAUACCCACCAAAAUUUAUCCAGGCAUCUUCUUUCAUCCAUCACCACCUGCUCUGAUGCCAAUGCAAGAAAUGAGCUGAAGUCACUGGUGAAGGGUCUCCUCUGCAAAAGCUCAGUCUAUGAGAAGGAGCAACCUGAUGUCAACAAGGAGGAUUUCUAUGCUGUUUGCCAAUCUUGUGUGAGUGUGCUAGUCAACCUCUUUGAGGAGGCCUCCGAUGCUAUACCCUAUGAAAGAAUGGCCCAAAAGGAGAUGGGUAAGCCUCUAAUUGAACGCAUCUCCAGACAGGUGGAUAAUAUCAAUUGGCUGUUAGAGAUCCUGCUUGAUCGACAGAUAGCGGAGGAAUUUGUGGAUCAGUGGGCCCAUCAAGGGAAUUUGCUUAAAAUGCAUGAGAGAGCAUCUCCCAUGGUUAGGUAUGAGCUAAGCCGUGUUUCUGCAAUUUUGUUCAUUGCAAUGGGUACAAGAAAACUGCACUGCCGUUCAGAUGCCAGGUCAGCGCUUCUCCUAGCAUGGUUUGGCCCAAUGUUAUUGGACUUUGGUUGGCUUCAAAGAUGCAGAAAGGGGCUUGACAUGAAGGCACUGGAGGAAGCUAUGGGUCAAACCCUCCUUACACUUCCUUUGAAGCAACAGUAUGUUCUGUUUAUGGAGUGGUUCCGAUGUUUCUCUAUGCAUGGCACUGAAUGUCCUAAUCUCAGCAAGGCCUUCCAGAUUUGGUGGCGCAGAUCUUUCCUUAGGGGCUCUGAAACAUAUGCCAUUGAAUCUAGGUAAUUGAGUAAUAUUCUUUUAAUAUUGUUUCCCACUUGUGUGUGAUAUUGCGAUAGCGUAGCAUGAAAGAUUCACAAACAUCUGUAAGAAGUGAAUAAUGUAGAAUCUAUGUAGAAUUGUUGUAAUCACUUUAACCUGUAAGAUGAAAAUGGCAUCCUAUUUUCUGGGAAACGAUGCUUGUCUUUUAUAUAUGCCGACAAGGAUGCCGUUGUCAAGUUAGAGAGAAGGAAAUACAAUAAGAUGCAGGUUAAGACUAACCUAAAAACUACAGAAACUUCUUCUGGUUUCCAAGAAUAGUGAUCUUGAGGUGUUUUUAUAGUAGAAUUUAUACUUUGUAGUUGAUCAAAGGAUCAAAGGUGCAAGGUUAGGAAUGAUAUAUGAUUCAUUUCAUUUUAAUUGGCAUUGUCCCGAUCUUACCAACUAAAAAUAACAGAGAUUUACAAGAUUUAAAAGAGGCAGGAUAGUUGGUAUGGCUUAAGUGUAUUAUUCAUUAGUGAUUAAUAGACACAGGUUCAAACAUGUUUAAAACCAUCAGAGAGUCGGUCCUUAGCUUAAUUAGGGCAAGGAUAAUGUCGGCAAAUUCACUUGAAUCAAAUAUAGAGAAGAGUUGGGUUCCAAUAUCGUUUUCUCAUAUAUAUUAAGCCGAUUUGAACUUGGAAGACGUCUUUUGUGGACUAUCGUUUAACCUCCAUUGACUUCGGAUAAAUGGCUCAUA